AAACGUCAAAUUUGACGUUUAAAUCCAAGAUCACAAUUCUUGUUUAUAUCGAUCAAAAAGUAAAUAAACAAUGGAUGAAAGCAAAGGAACUCCCGAAAGCGAUUUCAGCAUAGAAUGUUUUCAGAAUUACACUGCUCCUGAAGUAUUUAUACAGGGUCUUGCGGGAAUCGUAGAUCAACAAGAUGUAGAAUCAAUGAUAAGGGCCCAAAAGCAAAUGUUGCAAAGAUUUGAAAAAACAAAUGAAAUGUUAACGAACUGCAACGCAUUAAGUGCUUCAAGACUGAAAUCAGUGGCGCCAGAAUUUAAAAAACAUAUCCACCUGCUUUUAGAUGUAAAAAAGGAUCUGGAUUAUAUAUUUAAGAAAAUUAGAGUAAUGAAAACAAAGUUGUCAACACAAUACCCAGAGGCUUUUGCAGAAGCAGUGAGAAGCAGUUUCGCUGAAGAAUGUGAAGAAGAGGAAGAGAUUAGUGAAAAACAGAAAAAAGACAAAAUGGAAGAAAACAGGAGAAGUUUGCAUAUUAAAAGUGAUGAAGCAGAAUUGAUUGAUAUAACUAGAAGGGCAUCAAAAUAAUAAUGAAAUUGUAUCUAAAUAUUUAUUAAAAAAUGUAUUAUAAUUAUUAUUAAAAAAACUUAACAAACUUAUUGUAUGGCAUAUUUUAAAGUAUACUUUUUAGCCUUAUUCUUAAAUUCAUCAAUGUAAUUCUUAUAUUCCUCGGCAAUAUCAGCCAUUAAGGGAUCAUCUGGGUUAGGACACUCAAUGAGCAUUCUUACAGCAAUUAAAAGCCCCUCAAUUCCAAUUGUAGGUUUCCAAUUACCUGCUGGAGGCAUUUUUAACAAAUCCAAGCAUAUACGACCGUUGUCAUCAAUAUUUGGGUGGUAUAUUUUUGUCAUGAACUUUAUUAGUGGUGGUACAAACGGAUAUCUUUCGGGUAUAUUAAUUUCCAAAGUAAAAAUGCCCCCUGAAUAAGAAGAAUUAGGUGGUCCUUCCACUUUUGCUUCUAAAACAUUUGUUGAUUCGUCUUUGUAGUACAAACAUAUUCCAGUCGGAGGAAAAGACGUUAUUUUCGCUAAUUCCUUGGCCAAUCUUUGUUUUUGCAUUUUUUUGGUUUAUUUGGCAACAUAGACGUUUUUCUUGUUUGGCAACAAAAACAAUAAGGUUAU